GGUGUCAGAGGUGGUGCAGGGCGGGGGCAGGGCCUGUCAGAGCCUGCUGGAGCCUAAAAUCACCAGGCCAGAGGACUCUGAGAGCAGCCAGCCACCGCAAUGGGAGCACCCACAGCCCUGUGCGGGAUUGCCCUGCUCUGGGUGCUGGGCCUGGGGCAGGGCCCUGUGGCGGGUCUCAACUGCGGUCCUGGCUGCUUCCUGAGAGGAACUGAUACCCACCUGCGCUGCUGCUGCUCUUGUGCUCCCGAACAGGAGGUAUGUCCUAAGGGUAACUGCGUGUGCAUGCAGCCGGAAUUCCACUGUGAAGACCCCGAGUGCAGGACCUGCAAGCACCACCCAUGCCCACCGGGCCAGGAGGCACGGCCGCAGGGGGCUUUCAAGUUUGGCUUUGAGUGCAUCGACUGUGCUGUGGGCACCUUUUCUGCAGGUCACGAGGGCCGCUGCAGACCCUGGGCAGACUGUGCGCAGUCUGGCUUUAUUACCAUGUUCCCUGGGAACAAGACCCAUAAUGCCAUGUGCAUCCCAGGACCACUGCCUGCUGAGUCGCACGGCCAGUUGAUCAUCAUCUUUGCUGUGGCCAUCUGCAUCCUUCUCCUAAACACAGCCCAGCUCAGCCUGCACAUCUGGCAGCUGAGGAGGCAACACACGCAGCCCCGAGGUCAGUUGUGUCCUGGGGAAGGGGAGAUGGGCCCCAGGAUACCUGCUGACCAGAGCCCCCUCGCAGAGACCCAGCCAUGCCUGAAAGUGCCACUGCCACCGGCCGAGGAUGCCGACAGCUGCCAGUUCCCUGAAGAGGAGCGGGGUGAGCGGCUGGAGGAGAAGGGUCACCUGGGAGACCGGUGGCCAUGAGGCCUGAUACACCCCCCUCCAGCCACGCUCCCCACACGCCUGCCUGGGCUGACCUUGGGAACAGUGGUUCUGCUCCGUGUACCGCUCUGGGCCCAGCCCUGCUCCCCACAUUGAGGGAAGUGGGUAGGAUCCUGACAGUGAUGAGUCCCCCAGACCACGAGAGGCACGGUGGACAUGGGCGAGACAGACAGCUAAGGCUGCCAUCUUCCUUAGCAGACUCUGCUGGGCUGGGAUCUGUGGGCCUCCCCUGGGUGUGCAGCAUCCAGCACAGAUGGUUUUCA